AUGGCCAAGCUCCUCGAGGGCCUGUGGAUCACCCGCUUCAUCGUCCUCACCAUCCUCCCCAUCUUCUGGCGCCCGACCCACGUCACCGCCGAGAUCGUCGCGUGCUGGUUCCUCGGCUUCGUCGCGCCGCCUGCUACGCUCGUUGUGCCUGACGCGAAUGAUGAGGAGACCGCAGUCGGUAGUGACAAGGACUAG